UUUUUAAUCAGUGGCUCCUGAAAUAAUGAUAUUUAUUUUUGAGCUGACAAAGGGAAGGGUUUAUUUAUAAAAAUUGAGAGCGGGUUCAAGUGACUCCAAUUACCCUCAAUUAACUCAGUCUAAUUAUUCAGAAGUUGUGAAGUAUGCGAAGUAAAUUGUGACACUAUUGGAAUAUUUUUGAAGUUUUCGCGAGUUUUGAUAAAUAUGCCGCGCUGAGGUGAUUAGAAUAAACAUUAUCAGAUACGACUUGCCGGUGAAUUCGAAUGGUGGUUGAGGCGACGAAAAUGGAAGAAUUAUCAAAUGAGGAAGACGAUUGUUGUAUCUACAAAGACGUUGUGGUUGUUGGGAAUGGCCCCGGUGGUAUUUGCCUCUCCUACAUGUUGAAUGGCAACUGGCCCUAUUACACAGGCGAGCCUCAUCCCGGUGACGAAAUGUUAUCGGCAAGAUUGCGGUACACAAUGGAAAAUAAUCGUGAGGAUUCCCCGAAAAGCCCUUCACCGGGAAAUCCGGGGAAUCCCAGAGAUACCUCGACAGGCGGUUCCCCCAGAAGCGCAAAAAUACAAGAAAAAAAUUCAAAGGAUGAUCGACGAAGUGUCUUACACACAUCGAGGAGCAACCUGGAGAUCCUCACCAAUGGCCUGGAGGGCAGGGGGACCUCUAGACCCAUGGCAUUGCUCCUAGACCAGCUUCAACAUCCUUGCGUUGACGCUGGCCUCGAUCUUCCGAGUCUUCUGAAUUGGCAAUCGGCCGAGCAUCAUCCUCAUCACCGAGUCAUUGAUCACGUUGUCCUGGGGAAGGGACCACCCGGGGGCGCAUGGCAGUUCAUGGACCCCAAUGUCCUCACCAUCAGCUUGACCAGGUGGAUGUCACUCCCUGGGCUUGAUCUCAGGAAGUGGGAGAGCCUUGUCGAGAAAGAGCAACUCCAAAAAUCUACUAUUCUGAGGGAGAGAAAUCGCGAGAACUGCUGGAGUCGGUCUAAGGGGAACUUUGAGGUCGAUAGCCGAAUUCCCGUGGGUACUGUUGCUGCCUAUUACAAAGACUAUGUUUCGAGGAUGGGACUGACGAAAUAUUUUAAAUGCGGACGCACCGUCACAUCCGUUCGGCCACAUCCGGAUCCUUCGGACUUGAAGGAAGGCUAUGAGUGGGUUGUACAGGGUUACGAGAAUUUAAGUGGUAGGAAAUUCAUGUAUAAAUGCAAAAAAGUUGUCCUGGCAACGGGUACGACUAAUUCAUCGAAUCGUCUGGGUUUACCUGGUGAAGAAACCCAGCCCAGUUGGGUAACUCAUGAUCUCAAUGACUUUGAGACGCGGUUGGAUCGCCUUGCAGGCAAAUGCAGCAAAUGCUCCCUCAUCAGGAAAGAUUACAAUCCGAAUGUUGCCCCAGUGCUGGUGAUUGGUGCUGGUCUCAGUGCUGCUGAUGCAAUAAUGGCGGCGAGAUACAGGUCGAUCCCGGUUAUCCACGCGUUCAGGGAUUCUUCAUCCAGAGCUGAAGGCGAUAAAGUUGACAACGAGAAUGAUAAUGGAGUCAGACUAAGUCAGAGUGCCUACGAGAGGCUGCAAACGCUUCCGGUAUCCAUGUACCCAGAGUAUCACAAGGUCUACGAGAUGAUGGUGGAUGGAAGGUGUCACAGACUCUAUAAAGCCCUUCCCGGUUACAAUUUAAUUGACAUCGAGGCGAACGGUAGUGAUUGUAACAAGAAGAAGGAGAGGAGGGUCUUCCUGAAGGGACCGAAGAGACAAAUCGUGAGCUUGGCCGUGUCUGUUGUUGCUAUUUUAAUUGGAUCGAAACCGGAUUUAUCGUACUUGGGAGACUUGGCAACACAACUCGGCAAGGAAGAGGAAAAAUUAAUACAUGCGCGUUCAAAUCCCAUUGAAAUCGACGAUUACACAUACGAAGUAGUAAAAUCACCAAAAAAAGGACUCUACGCAAUUGGUCCCCUAGUCGGUGACAAUUUCGUUCGUUUCAUUCUCGGAGGUGCUUUUGGUGCCGUUGGGGAUAUUCUCAGGACCCUAGAGACCGAUUAAAAUAUUUAUCCUCACACUUAGUAUUGUUAUUCAUAUAUUUUCACAAUAGAAACAAAUUGUGCUGUGCUAUAGAGAUCAUAUUCUUGUAAAUUAUUCUUAUCGUGGAAGAGAAUUUAUGUCGGAAUAUUUUUAUACGAAUUUGUUAAUAGAUAACGAAUUUUUUUACGAACAAAUUAUUUUUUUUUAUUUUAUUGGUUUUAUCUUUGUAUUCAAAAAAAUACUCUCAAUUGAGAUUUUUUACAGUUUAAUGUACAUUCCUUUGGCGAAUGGCCAUUGAAAUGAAGAUAUUUCAUCUUAAUGUAGUGGAGUUGUAUUAAUUUAAGAGGUUUUAGGGGUUUUUGUAUUUUUUAGACAUUUUACUGCACCUCUAGAGGCCCAAGGGAUGCUUUUUUAUUUUUAUUACUGUACCUCAUAAUCGUGCCUUCACAAAACAAUAUGCUUUUUUUUCUACAGUUGUUGUAGAUUUGUGGAGAAUUUUUUUUGUGACCCCAAAUGUGCAACGAAAUUAUAAAAAAAAAAAAUCGAAUCAAAUCAUGAAUUUCUUUCGUGUGUGCUUCUACGAUCGGUGACAAGAUAUUUUCAUCUGUUGAAAUACUAAAUCAUGGAUAUUGUAGAUGAUUUUAUUUAUAGGACCUAAAAAAAUGCAACAAAGGUUGGAACACUUGUUUAGAUUCCUUUUCUACUACAACUGAACAAUUCAGCAGUUGUUCAUUAUUGCAGAGAACAAUGGAACAAUAUUCGUAGAUUAUUAUUUACGGAGAGUGACUACCAUAGUCUGUGAUAUGCAAAUUUGUUGAUAUACUGGAGAGAAUAAAAAUCACUAUGAAACAUUUAA